CAGUAAUGAAAAGACUGUGAUAGCAUGCCGUCUCUCCUGGCCUGAUGCUUCAACGCGCAAUGGCACCAGAGCAGCGUGAGCACUUUGCAGAAUUUACGAAUGGCCUCUCGUGCUGGCUCCAGUCAGAUUCCCGACCAGGCUCCGCCUCUCAAUAGAUCCAGCUCUUCUGAUUCCUCUUUUGGUGAAUUUCUGGACCCACCUGGCAGAUACAGAUCAGGCAGACAUGGAUCGGUUCCCAGACAUCCUCGUGCAAAACUCCUGGUCGCCAUUCUCAGCGCCAUGGAAAUUGCAACUGUGGUCCCCACAUUGUGGUUGGAACAGCAGAUUGGUGGUGGACCGGAGCACAUGGUGCUUCGUAUCUCACUUAUGUUUCUGCGUUUGUAUCCGAUCCUCAGGGUUCUGGUCCUUUGUUUGUACUUCAGUGGCCCCAGUCGUUGUUUCGGACUUUUGCCGUUCUCCUUGCAAUGGAGUUGCAGAGAAUGGUGCCUAUGGUUUCUGAGAGCUGGUUCAUGUGGCUCGCGAUUUCCAGAGAUCCGCUGGGGAAUGGCAGUGACUUUGGACAUGUGGUUCAUGCUCACUUCUCCAUUAGCGGCCGCAGUAAGAGGGCUCAGACUGCAGGGCCAGGAGUUGUCAGCUGCUGUGAUGUUCUGGGUGCUUUUCGCCAACUGCAUGAUUUGCGCCCUUGAUGCCGUUGCUCUGAUCAUGUCCUUGGUGUACAGCAAGCACCUAGUUGCCGAGGUGCAUCCAGAAGUCACAUUUCAUCGCCCACGAUCUAUCAAAUGGGGGAUUGGAGAGGAGGGAAACAACUCGACCUGCGCAAUUUGCCUGAGCGAGUUCACUGAGGGAGAGGCUGCUCAGCUGUUGCCGUGCGGUCACGUGUUUCACACCGACUGUGUUACGAGCUGGCUGCAGGUCAGCCGUUCUUGUCCCAUGCGUUGUCCUGAUUUGAUUUUGCCGGUGCCUCCGGACGAGCUGGAUGGGAACAACCACGGUCGUUCCGACUUGCAUCAGACUAGCAUGCAGCCUCCAGAGCUUUUUGUGCUUCCUGGUGAGGCACAGAGUGAGUCAAGAUAAGCACCAGGAAAUGUCGCAAAAUGGGACACUUCUGGAGCUUGCACAGUUUCGAUGUCUUUCUGUUGCAUACGAUUGUUUUCAUGGGUGCUGCACCAUUUUGCAGGCCCAGCCAAUGAGAAGAUAAUGAAAGCACAAUGAUAUUGGAUAGAAA